AAAUUCAAGAAUCAGAUAAAUUGAAAGGAAUUCAGCACAUCAGAAAAUUGCUGCAUUUUGAUCAGUGAAAUAUCCAAGAUGGAAACUUUGAACUAGUAAGUGUGAUAUUGUCAACUGCAACAUGAAUUGGACUGUAUCUUGGGAUGUCCUAAUUCAAUUGAUAUCAACCAAUGUCUUGGCAUCUCCUUGAAGACAUACAUCAGUCCAACCAUUUUUGACUUCUGCAAUCAUUGUUCUUCCAGUGGAUUCAGCAUGGCCAUUAUUUCUGUUGGAAGCAAUGCACUUCUUUGAAAAAGUAGAGACAUUCAAAAAAUUCAAGAGAAAUGCACUUUUCAUCACCUGAUGAAACAUGGAAAAAGAAAAAAACCUUGAUUAGUUACAGGGUCUCUCCUCUAAGUGUUGACUUUGAAGCUGCUGCAUUUGCAAUCAUGCUCUUGUUCUUGUAUUUAUGCUCGAGGAUAGAUAACUUGUAUAUAAUAAAUCUGCAUAUUCUCUGUGCACAAUGUUAGAUUAUUUGUACUGUUGGCUAUCACCUGAUGUUGUUUGAUGUUAAAACUAAGAUUGUUAUGGUUUGUUUUGUAACAUGAAUUUGGGGAGAGUGUAUUUGAAUUCAAGAAUUCAAGAAAUCAAAUUCGAAAAAGAAGUUUUAUUUAUAGGUUUUGAUGUUCACACAUACCGAACAUGGCCUUUGAUUUAGCUCCUAAAGAUCAACAAGCAAUUUGAUCUAGACUGUACGUAAUAUAAUUAUUAACAUUUUAAGUAAAAGAAAAUCUGAGCUAACAGAAGAAACAGUAAGAGGCCUAGUGUAGAAAGUCUAGUGUAUUUUUUCCUUCGCCUAGUGUACAUGUAUGUUGAAGCUUUCUUCAUCAAUAACAAGAACUUUGAUCUUUAAAAGGCAGUGUUUGAUCCUAUAAGCCAAAGCCAAUCCAGGGCGACGCCUGAAAAUAUGCCUCCUAGCAAAAACACCACUAUCAGAUUGCCCAAAGCGUUUUGUUCAGGUCCCUACAAAAGGAAAAAAAAAUUAUAUAAUUUUAAAAAAUUUUCAAGUAUGCUGCAAUGAAGAAUGGUGAAGCUUACAUUUGACAGUAAACUUACCUUGUAACCUUUAGGUGCGACUGUCAUAACACAGACGGUGAGGUGACCAUUUGUUAUUCCUAGGAAAGAACAGAGGAAUAUCAUCCAUCCCUGAGCACCAUAUUUUCCAGUGAAGUAGAAUGCUGGGAUCAGUAGGAAACGGGAAAGUACUGCAAUCAUAAGGCCCUUUCUGCACUCAAUCUUCAACCAUUUUAUUAGGGGAAGGUAUCUUCCUACCAGA